GUCCAUUGCAUAAAUUUAUCUUGCUUGACUGAAAAUAAUAUUAUAGCACGGAUCAUAUUUUGUAAAUGUUUGGCCAAAGUCGAAAUCGAGAAUGGCGAGACCUGUCGGCAUGGAAAAGCGAGGGACUACCGUUGUCAACAACAAGUGAUCGAGCAGCGAAACUUUAUGAUGCUGUCGUCACACAGUAUGUUGGUUGGUACGAUGAUCUUAAUGUCAAUGGGAUCGAGUCUUCACUUAAGGAAUUGCUUGAAGCUGACUCCAGUUUUGUAAUGGCACAUGUAUUAAAAAAUGGCCUGGAACUUAUUGGAACUGGGACAAACAUUUGGAAAGAUACAAGCCUAAGACAAUCUAUAGAUGAAAUGAAGGCAAUUGUUGAAAAGAAUACAUCGUUAACCAAACGAGAAAGAAAACACGCAGCCGCAAUACAGGCGUGGUCCCAGGGAUUUGUUGUAAAAGCUUUGGAUACGUGGGAGGAAAUCUUAACCGAGUACCCUACUGACGUCACGGCGUUGAAGUUUGCACAUGAUUCAUACUUCUAUCUGGGAUAUCAAGAUCAAAUGCGGGACUCCAUCGCAAGAGUACUUCCAAAUUGGAAUGAUACAAUUCCGCUUUAUGGGUUUCUGCAUGGAAUGUACGCUUUUGGGUUGGUGGAAACCAACUUUUACAAUGAAGCUGAAAAACAUGCCAAACAGGGACUGGAUUUAAAUCCGUACGAUUGUUGGUCGACUCACGCUUUAUGUCACGUCUUAGAGAUGGAAGGGAGAUAUGAUGAGGGAGUCACAUUUUUGAAAGAUACUGAAAAUUAUUGGACGAGAGGGGAGAUGCUAGCUUGUCAUAACUAUUGGCAUUGGGCACUUUACCAUAUAGAGAAGGGUGAACAUGAAGCUGCCAUUGGCAUAUACGACGAGCAGGUCUUUCAAAGAGGCAAAUCUGGAGCAAUGCUUGAUAUGGUUGAUGGCUCUUCAUUAUUGUAUCGACUGCAACUGGAAGGAAUAAAUGUGAACGAUAGAUGGCGGGAAAUACAACAACUUUGGGGUGAUACCCACAGUGAUGAUCACGUUCUGGUAUUUAAUGAUUUACACUUACUUAUGUGUACAUUGGGAUCAAAAGAUCAAGACGGAACAACAAAGAUUAUGGAAUCGAUGAAAGAUUUUAUAAGGGAACGUCAGGGAACUAAUUGCGAAGUGACGAAAGAAGUUGGUUUAAAGAUGUGUGAAGCUUUUGAAUAUUUUGACCAGGAAAAUUAUGCAAAAUGCACUGAAUUGCUGGCUCCACUCAAGUACAAGUUCGUUAAAAUUGGUGGGAGUAACGCUCAAAGAGACGUAUUUCAUCAACUUCUUAUUCACUCAGCUAUGCGUUCCCCCCUUAAAUCUCAUCAGUGUCUUGCAAGAGGGUUGCUGGCUGAGAGAAAGGCCAUGAAAGAGAAUUCACCGCUGACCGACAGACUAAUGAUGAUGUGA